AUGAGUUUGCUGUUUUCGUCCGCAGCUGCCUACAGCUCUGCCCGCGGACAGCGGCAGGCACUGGCGAGGGUUUCUUGCUGCCACGGUAGCUGGCGUUCGGAGCGAGCCCCACACCUGCCGUCAGCCGCCACCAGCAGGGUGCAGCCGCGCGCAGCUCGUCUGCCUUGGCGCAUGGGAACGGACGCGCCUCCGCGGUCUGCUGAACCGGCUCCCGACUGGGAUGGGCACCAAACUUUGCCCCGGUCUCAUAAGAGUCCCUCUUUCCCACCGGACGGUCCGGAGAGUACCAGCGAUGAGCGCACACGAGUUCUGGCGUUGGCGAACGAAAACGAACCUGAGCGAGCGCUUGCGCUCUGCACCACGCUCUAUCAGCGCGGCGUUGCUGUGGAUACACAUGCGUACACGUCUAUUCUGAACGCCUACCGCCACAGAGGUGACGCUGACGGAGUGGUGCACGUGCUAGGAGUGAUGGCGGCGCGCGGCGUGCCUGCGAGCGACGUUACCGCACUGCUCGCUUUUCGAGCACUUCGAGAUGCCCGCCGAGCAGACGCAGUGGUGCGCGCUGUGCAGCUCAUUGAGAGUUCAGGUGGCACCAUUGGCCUUCGAGGAUGGAGUAACGCGCUCUCCUGCCUUGCCGAAAGGAUCCGCUCGUUACCCGCCUCACAUCCGGACCUGGACACCUAUACCAAAGCGGGCUGGACGGUACUAGCGCGCAUGCAGCGCAUGCGACAGCAUCGGAAGCCGAAUGCAUAUGUAUUCAACUCGUGGAUGGCAAUGUACGCGUCUCGAGGCGACUGGGACGGCGCAAUGGCAGUGUUCGGAGCUAUGGUUGCCGGUGCUCGGGUAUGUCCCGAUGUUGUCAGCUACAACAUCCUCUUUGAAUGCCUUGCGCGCCGCUUUGCACGAACAAGGGUUCCGGCAGAGCGCGAUGCCUGUCGAAAACUUGAAGCAGCGCUGGUGGAGUCCAUGCGCUUGCACGGUAUUGAACCAGAUGCGCGGACGCUGUCGGCUCAGUUACGACUUGUUGAGCAUGACCUCCACGCCGUACGCGCGAUCGAGAGACGUGCCCUCUGGUACGGCGUCCGACUUGAUUCUUUCUACGUGAACGCUUUAAUUGAUGCCUACGCUCGUAUUGGUGAGCCAGCCGUAGCAGCAACCGUGCUGGAACGCCUCGCCGUCCACCAUGAUCAAUGUCAAGCGGCAGCAGCGCAGGGACGAUUCUCAGCGGAAACCGCCGCCUGUCCAACGGCGCUGCCGCCGAUCACUGCCUACGCUCUGAACGGCGUGCUGAAAGCGUGUGCGCGAACCGGUGACGCUGAGCGUGCCUGGAAACUCGUACAAGGGAUGGAGGAACGUUUCGGCAUUCAACCAGAUGCCAUCUCGUUUACCUGUGCCAUAACAGCAGCGGGCAAGGCGUACGCGACGACGCUUGCACGCCAUCUCUACGAACAGGCACGCGAACGCCUUUCCGACAAGGCGAACGUACGCUUGGCGACUGCUGCGAUCUUGGCAGAGCACGAAGAUCCGGAGCCUGCCAUUCGAGUAUUCGAGCGGUUGCUACGCGAUGCCGAGAAACUUCCAUCAGCAGGCGCGUCUCUGUCUGGGUCAUCCGCAUCCGGCUCCAUGGACCUCAGGGUACCUGUGCAGGCGCUUGUGCGCGUGUGUGGUCGAGCCCGUGCUCCUGCGCGAGCCAGAGAGAUAAUUUUAGCUGUCAAGCGGAGGCGCCUCUGUUUUAUUGACUUGACCUAUUACCAGUCGUUCAUGAAAGGUGUUCAGGAAUCGCAGGAACGUCGUCGCAAGCAGGGCAUACGCGAUCUGACGCCCCUGUCACCGCUCUCUGCACCAUCACUCUACCUCUUGAAACUAGAGUGCACUGCACUCGGAGACACCCCGAAGAUUGGUAACUAUGGUUCAUCGUGGACGAUUCGGUAA